GCCCCUCGUCCUCGCGGGCCCCCGGGGGUUGGAGCGGGCGGGAUCCGCGCUGCAGGUUGGGCGGGAGGGGCCCAGCGGGCAGGCAUCAUCCCCCGCCGUGGGGCGAGCGGUGCGCCGGUGCUUCCCUUCACAGGUGGGGGCCCGGUGCGGCCGCGCCGAGCGGGAGGGGUGCAUUUAUAUUACCUAUAUUAAUUCUCUAUAUCCUCUAUAUAUUUAUUCUAUAAUCGCCGCCGUUAACGCGGCGGGCGGCGCUGCCCGGCCCGGUGUCCGCUCUGCCGGGCCGGCCCCGGGGCCCCGCAGCACCGCGGGCCGGAGCGGGGCCGGGGGCGGCCCCGGGGCUCGGGAACAACUCCCGGUACAGGGGACAGUUUGUGCCCGCUCGGAACCCGCUGUGCCCGUGCUGGAGGAACGCGGCGCGGUGUUUGCCCCGGAGCUCCUGCCCUUGUUGGCCCAUGGUUCUCGGUACCGAUGGGAAUUUACAGCUCCUGCCCUUGUUGGCCCCUCGGGUCUCGGUACCGAUGGGAAUUUACAGCUCCUGCCCUUGUUGGCCCAUGGAUCUCGGUACCGAUGGGAAUUUACAGCUCCUGCCCUUGUUGGCCCAUGGAUCUCGGUGCCGAUGGGAAUUUACAGCUCCUGCCCUUGUUGGCCCCUCGGGUCUCGGUGUUCAGGCUCUGCUCUGGAGCUCCAGCCCUGCUGCAGGUGCAGCCCCGGCCCUUCCCGCCUUCCUCACACACGGCACAUCUCGGUUCAAAUCCUUACUGCCAAUGUCCCUCACACAGCUUUGCUGAAAGGUUAAAAUAUCUCUCUAGCAUUGCCUGAGACUGAUGAUACCUUUUUUCUCUCUCUUUUUCUUUUUUUUUUUAUUUUUUUUUUCUAAAAAAGAAAAUAUUGCCUAAAGCAGUGGAAAUACUUGAAAUCUUCCUACUAAUAACAGGCUAUUUCAAUGUGGUCCUUAUUGCCUGACAUAAAGAGAAUUGCCUUUAACACUGGCUGUCUUAAAGCUAUUGUAGUUCUGAUCUAUCAGUGUGAUUUUAUUUAUUUAUUUUACUUUUGGUUUUGUGUUUCAUUCUGUUUGACCAGUGAUCCUUGGCUAGUCAAGCUCUUAUUUUUUUUAUUUUAUUUUAUUGCUGUCUCUAGUCAGUGUCCCGUUUUGGUUUGGUUGUGUGAAGGUGGUGCUGGUGUUUGGUUUGUAAUCUUGUAGGGCAGCGUGCAGGGAGGCUCAUAAAUCUGCAGCAGGGUUUGGUGGCUUUUUUUUUUUUUCCCCUCCUUUUUUUUGUGUGUGUGUGUGUCUCUUGUUUUACUUUCAGAGCAAUAACUUAACUUUUGUCCUUGCUCUGUUGAGCAAAAGUGAAAGUUAGAUGCUGGGCGCAAACUUCUGCAAUCAGUUAUCCUUUUUAACCUUUCAUAGCUGUAGAUUCCUCAUGCAGAGGAGGCUUGGUGAAAAAUCAAUCACCUCAAAAGAUAAACGGGGAGCGAUUGAAGCUUUCUCUUCUCUGAGUUAAACAAUCAUAACAGAAACGUUUGCUCCUGCAGCCACCUCCAGAAAAAGGCAGUUUAAUUAAAAUUACAGCCCACCCAGGGCCUUCAGCCGGGACCUGCUGUGCUCUCCAGGCUGGAUGGGGAGCAUGCCAGCCUGCUAUUAUUCCUGCAGAUGCUCACGGAAGACGCUGAGGCAGAGGAGCAGGGGCGCUCUCCAUAGCCCUGUCUCGGCACCAUCCCAGUCUAGGUUUGAAUUGUUGCCACCUUGAACACGCCGGGCUGUAUUUGAAAUUGUAACAAAAAGAUGUGAUUUCGCUCUCACCUGGUCCGUGGCAGGCAGGUGCAGGUUUAUGGAGGAGCUUCUGGAACGUUCUGAACCCCCGUUAGCGGUGGGGUCUGGGCAGGCCAGCCCCUAGGGGGGGAAAUACAGCCCGGCUCCUGUGCCUAAGCUUUAGCUGUGUGGGUUUCUCCCCCUUCCCCAGAACCUUUGCUCCUGAAGAUGGUGAGUAGCCAGCCUAAGUACGAUCUAAUUCGGGAGGUUGGUCGUGGCAGUUAUGGUGUGGUGUACGAAGCGCUCGUCAGGAGGACCUGUGCCCGCGUGGCCGUCAAAAAGAUCCGGUGCCACGCUCCCGAGAACGUGGAACUGGCUCUGCGCGAGUUCUGGGCCCUUAGCAGUAUCAAGAGCCAGCACCCCAACGUCAUUCACCUGGAGGAGUGCAUCUUGCAGAAAGAUGGCAUGGUGCAGAAGAUGGCCCAUGGCUCCAGCUCCUCCCUGUAUCUGCAGCUCGUGGAAACCUCAUUAAAAGGAGAAAUAGCCUUUGACCCCAGAAGUGCUUACUACCUGUGGUUCGUGAUGGAUUUCUGCGACGGCGGCGACAUGAACGAGUACCUGCUGUCCCGCAAGCCCAGCCGCAAGACCAACACCAGCUUCAUGCUGCAGCUCAGCAGCGCCCUGGCCUUCCUGCACAAGAACCAGAUCAUCCACCGCGACCUCAAGCCCGACAACAUCCUCAUCUCGCAGGGCCGCGCGCCCGCCGAGCCCACGCUGAAGGUGGCGGAUUUCGGGCUGAGCAAGGUGUGCUCGGCCUCGGGCCACAGCGCCGAGGAGCCCGUCAACGUCAACAAGUGCUUCCUGUCCACCGCCUGCGGCACCGACUUCUACAUGGCCCCCGAGGUCUGGGAGGGCCACUACACGGCCAAGGCCGACAUCUUCGCCCUGGGCAUCAUCAUCUGGGCCAUGCUGGAGAGGAUCACCUUCGUGGACACCGAGACCAAGAAGGAGCUGCUGGGCAGCUACGUCAGGCAGGGCACGGCCAUCGUGCCCGUGGGCGAGGCGCUGCUGGAGAACCCCAAGAUGGAGCUGCUCAUCCCCGUCAAGAAGAAGUCCAUGAACGCCAGGAUGAAGCAGCUGAUCAAGGAGAUGCUGGCGGCCAACCCGCAGGACCGGCCCGACGCCUUCGAGCUGGAGCUGAGACUGGUGAACAUCGCCUUCAAGGACAGCAGCUGGGACACGUGAGGGGCUGAGCCCCGGCUCACCUGCAGGGGGUGCUCAGCCCCUCGCUCGCUGGAGAUUCCCGGCAGGAACGUGGAGUUGGCCGCGGUCUGAAAUCCCGGGUGAGGCUGAGGGUGUUCCUCGGGCUGCGCUGGCACGGGGAUGUGGCAGGAGCCAACACUACUUGAUUUCCAGCACUCUGUCACGGAGUGUCUCACACAUUCCAGUUUCCUAUGGCAGUAUUAGGAACUCUCAUGGAAAAAAAGAAAAAAGAAGAAAAAAAAAAAAGGUUUGCAUGCUGGCAGUGCAAAUCUUGAGACUUUGUGAUGUAGUCUGUGUAUAUAUUUAUGUAUAUGAGUGACUGGGAGUGUGUGGCACUUAAAUUAUUUGCUGUGGGUCUGGAUGAUUGGGGUCUGCUAGAAAUCUGGGUGAAGAAAGUGAGUGAGAAAAUCUCCUUCUUCCCCAGGCUUGAAUGACUUCAUUAUUUAUUUUUGUUAUCUAAUUUCAAAGACUUGACUUUGUAAACAAAAAAAGCAAUGCAAGGGGAUCAGCUGCUUUCCAAGUGCUAACGUGGCUGGUCUUGGCACUUAGAGCUUAACGAGCUCGUCACUGAGGGAGUCAAAUGAGAAAUGUACAGUCAGGUGCUGGCAGGGGGGCUGGCUCACUGAUCACUUGAUUUGGCUUUUAUUAAUCAAUUAAUUAAUCUGCCUUUUCUCAGCAUGCUCUCUGCCCUGGUGUCCAUACUCCCACAGCACCUUGAGGAUUUAUCACAGCAGAGUUGUGUGCCCUCAGUUUGUGGAAACGUGGAUGAGGGAAUCCAGCAGCACCUUCUCAAAAUCCUUCUAAACGUGGUGGCAGCAGUUUUCCCACCAGCUGAGUCCAGCUGAUAACCCAGUGGUCAUGGCCUUUCCUCUGUGGCCCUGCCCCAGACCCAGUGGGAUGAGGAGGUGGCUCUGUCCCUGCUCACACCUGCUGGCAGAGAGCUCAGGUACGGGAAGGGCAGCAGCCUGAGCUGGUUUUGUGUUUCAUUUUUCCUCCUUUUAAAGAAGUGAUCUUUAUUUGCAGGCAGAGAUGGGAGGAGGGGGUUUGGAGCAGGGGGAGCUGCUGGUGCCCAGCUCUGCUGCUGCUGGGACAGGAUCCACUGGGGCCCUGGCACUGCAGGGCUGGCAGCAGCUCUGUCCCAGCACAGCCCUUUGGGGCAGGGCUGGCCUCUCCCAUCCACUCUGACCUUUUGGGAAAAAGCAGAAUCUUAACAUUGCCUUUCAAGCUGCAGGAAAGGCUGGUUUUCUUUACAAAAUUGAAUUUGAUUUCCCCCCCCCCCCCCACCCACCCAAAUCUUACCUGGAAAUGGCUGUAAGUAUUUCCUUGUACAAUUUGCUUUUUGAAAUCCGUUCCCUCUUGGUGUUGGGACAGCAGUUCUGGGCACUCAGUGUUUAUUUUCUGAGUGCAAAUAAACAAAAUGUUAUUUUUUGGUUUUCCAAAAGCAAAGGAUUCUGAUUCCACCCAACUUCUGAGGCUUUACAGGCCGCAGGUGGCUCUUACCUGGUGCUGUGUGAGCUGGUGGCGGUCCCCAGCUGGCCUUAGUUUGUAACUCUUGUUAUUUCCUUUCACUUCAUCCUUUUAGGGAGUGAUCCUCAGACAAACACACUUUGCUUGUGCCAACUCUGCCUCCCAGUUCCCACAUCUCAGCAGGGUGAGAAAAGGGGGUUUGUAAUUCACAUUAAACUUGGGAGCUUUUUAAAAACAAAGGGGUGAGCAUCCCCCUCCCUUACCCAGCCAGAAUAACAGAAUAACAGAACCAGAAUUAGCACUGCUCCCCUCUGAGGUGCUCUGUGAAUCACCUGGGUCCCCUCUGCAGGCUCCACUGCCUGCAGGGCAGAAAUCAGGGGCUGGCACAGGGAAGUUUUGGGGUUUUUGACUCCCAAAGUGUUUCUUUGCACUGAUUGCCACUUUAUAGGUUGGGGGUACCUGAAAUCCCUCUCAUGGUGCUUAUCCUCGCCGUUGGGUGACACUGGUAGUCCUCGAGCUCUGUGUUCUCUUUGAUUUUUGUUGUCUGAGGUCUUUUGUUUUGAGAAAAUAAAUCAAGUUGUUGUAGCAGCUGCGGGGCCGUUCACCAGCCUGACGUGAAGUCAAGACACUUUUCAGCACUUGGGAAAGAUUUUUGGUUUUUUUCCAUGUUUUUCUUUGAAAACUGUAAAAUAUAUUUUAUGGAGAAUUUAUAAUGAGGAAAAUUAUUGUGUAAUUUAUUAAGUUCAUGACUGUUUUUGAAAUAAAACCUUGAAUUUCGAUGA